CUCUCUUCUACUUGCUUAUCCCCACCCACCCACCAGAGAUUAUCACUCUGAUAAUGAAACCCGCUUGUACUUGACCUCUUGGCCGGUACAAAGCCUCAUCUUUACCUUCCUCUUUGACCUGCAGGAGACUAGAGUUGCCCGCGCUGCGGUGAUAAGCGGUGGGCUGUCAACCUCGUCAUCGGUCAGGAUUCUAUCUUCGCUCCUCGUGUCCGCUGUCGAUUCGGCCCGCCAUGGAGAACUUUCCGCCAUCCGCGUUUGCGUCGAGCGCUUCGCAGUAUGCUGCUGCAGAAUCUUCAUUCCAGGACUCGUCGGCCGUUGACAAUAGCCAUCUGACGGAUGGCGCGGUCGCUGGAGACAGCAACUAUGUUCCCCGACCCAAGCGCAUUGCGUGCGUCGUUUGCCGCAGGAGGAAGCUCAGAUGUGAUGGGAAACGGCCAAGCUGUGGAACGUGCUCGCGCCUGGGUCAUGAUUGCGCUUACGAUGAAGUUCGAAAGAAGAGUGGUCCAAAGCGGGGAUACGUGAAGCAGCUGGAGGCGCGCCUGGCUCAAGUCGAAACCCUUCUCAAAGGCCAGGAGUCCGAUCCCUCACCGCGUACCUCCCCACAUCAACCGCUCGAGACUUCUUUUAAUGCGCCUAUCAAUGAUGAUUCGAUACUUGGUCUGCCAGACAUUUCGGGCCUUGGAAAUGACAUUGGCGUCCCGAUGCCUCCAUCUACAAACGGUCUUGGUCCAUCACAGCCGACGCCAAUGCUGUUCGCAGGGCCAACGGGUGCCACCAACGAUCCGUCCUGGGACUUGAUUAGUUUGGGACUGGAGGAGCCUCUUCCGACCCAGGACGUUAUUGACGAGUUGGACAAUCUAUUCUUCGAGAAAAUCUAUCCGAUGAUGCCCAUCAUCCACCGUCCUCGUUACUAUGCCAGCUUGAACCUCGCUCCUCACAUGCGGCCCCCAAUCUGCCUGCGGUACAUCAUGUGGUGCCAUGCAGCAUCUGUCAGCGACAAGUAUUACUUUUUGCAUCAUCAUUUCUAUCAACGGGCUCGCAAGUAUGCGGAGAUGGAUGAGAUGAAAGGCUUUGGAGAGAAUAUCAUCAGUCUGGCGCAUUGCCAAACGUGGAUCCUAACGGGCUCUUAUGAAUUUCGAAUGAUCUACUUCCCCCGGGCAUGGCUCAGCGUGGGUAAGGCGUCGCGAUUGGCACUCAUGAUGGGUCUUAAUCGCCUGGACGGCAAUGGACUCGAUGUCAAACAGUCCAUCAUUCCACCCAAAGAUUGGACCGAGCGUGAGGAACGUAGGAGAACAUUUUGGAUGGCCUUUUGCACAGACCGCUAUGCCAGUAUUGGAACUGGCUGGCCUAUGGUCAUUGAUGAGAACGAUAUUAUGACCAAUCUCCCAGCCUCUGAAGAGUCGUUCCUGAAGAGCAAGCCACAGCGUACGCUUCGACUGUCUGACAUCAUUGCCGGCGAAGGUGUAUCUACACUGGCCCCCUUUGCUUGUGUCUGUGUUUUAGCCAAUCUGUUUGGCCGAAACCUCGUUCACAUUCAUCGACCUCAGCCACAGGAUAAUGAUCAUGACCUCAAUGGCGAGUUUUGGAAGCGCCAUAGGAGCCAUGAUAACAUCCUUCUUCAUAUUGCACUUUCAUUGCCCGAGCACCUCCGACUACCAAGUGGCAUGGAUGACGUCAAUGUCAUCUUCGCCAACAUGAGUAUUCAUACAUCCACCAUCUGUCUUCAUCAAGCGGCGAUAUUCAAGGCUGAGAAGAACAAGAUGCCCAACCAGAUCAUCACCGAAAGCAAACGUAGGUGCCUCGUGGCAGCCAACCAGAUCUCAAGUAUCAUGAAAAUGGUCAGCCACAUGGAUUUAUCAAUCUUGAAUCCUUUCAUGUCGUUCUGCCUGUACAUCUCAGCGCGAGUGUUCGUGCAAUACCUUAAAUCUCGCCCCGAUGACUCCACAGUCUACUCCUCCCUGCAGUUUGUCGUAUCAGCUCUCAAUGCGAUGAAAUCUAAAAAUCCACUCACGGAGUCCUUCCUAGUGCAACUGGACGUUGAUCUUGAAGGAACGGGGAUUCGGGCAGUGGAUAACGCCAAGACUGGCUCCGGGGCCAGCCAUGUUAUCAAAGCGAUGCAAUCAUAUUGCUCUGACAACGUCGAGUGCACUCCCGUAUACAAUAUUCGCCAGUCACAAGGUAGCGGCGCCCCAAAUGAAUCCUCGCAGGACAAUUCGAAUUCGAGAACUUCUGCACGAUCUUUUCUGCCUGGCGCGACCACUUCUCUCCCCAGUCGACACAGAGAUUCACCAAACAUGGACUCCGAACGAAGGUCACUGGGUAGUGAAUCGCAGCAAUUCUUCCCCCACGUGCGAUCUUCGAAUGGAAUCGUUGAGCUCGUUGGCCAGGGAGUCGUUGAUGGAGACAUGGACUUUUCACCCGACUUUGGCCUUGGUGAAAGAAAUCCGCCUUCCGAUCACCCUACACCAUCCACAUUGAACUCAUCUUCCAAUACGUCCUAUUCUCUAUCGGGGAUCGACAAUCCUUCACCCGAUAAAAAGCAUCCGAACUCUGCCUCGACCUACCCAUCCUCUGGCUCCGCUACAUCUGUCGAUAAAUCCCACUCCGUCCAGAUCUCCCCUGUUGCUACAGAACCUUCCCAGAUUCUUGAUAUGGGCUCCAUGGCGGGCCAGGGGUACCCGGCUAGCUCCGCCGGCCCUAUGGGAGUUACAGGAGCUGCCAACGUAUUCAGUAUGGCUAACCGCUGGGACAUGCCUACUCCGGGUCAGGACUUGAACAACCUUGACUUUGAGAAUGUCAAUGUGGAGGCAAUCAGUGAAGCUCAGUGGGCCCAAAUUUUGAAUACUGAGAAUGGUCCUGGCUGGGAGAGUUGGCGACCAUCUUGAGAAUCGAGAGGAUGGGUUCCGUAAUCGGAACAUUCUGGCAGCGAGUAAAGACUUCUUCUGGUGACCGAGACUGAGGCCUCUGGACUGAAACGAGACGUCCCGGCCAAUUGGUGCGACCCUUGAUCAUUCUUACGCCCUGAGCUGGCUGUAUAUACAGCUUUGUUCAGGGCAUGCAGAUCUAACAGGGCACCUCCCGAGCACCGAAUAUAAGUCCGGGGCUGAACGCAGCACGCGUCCUGACUGCCUGGCACUACUACGAGCACUUCGUCUCCAUGGAAGACCAUGUCCCUCCUCUUCGCGCCGUGUAUCACCACAAACAUACAGAUUCAAGAUGGUGGGUGGACUUUGGCUUGGCGCUAUGGGUGUCUUUUGCAACGACUUAAUGAUGAUGAACACAGACACUCCACUUAUUUUCUACUCUCUUCUCUGAUCUGAUAUUUUUGGACCAUCUCCCUUCAGGAAGAUUAUGUUAAUAGGACACCUAGUUUCUACAAUCACCCAAUAUAAAUUCUUUGACACAUUCAGAUAUUCCAACAUUUGUUAUAUGGGAAUCGUAAA